AUGAGUAUCGAUAGGAGGAAGGCAGCUCUUUUUGGUGCAGCAGCAGCUGUUCGACUGUUACUAUUUGCAUCUUUCCCGGGCCUCCCAGACUUGUUGACAGCGAGAGUCGAGAUCUCUACACCAGUGACAAGCUUCAAGAGAUUACAAGAGGGUCUCUUUCUUUAUAAUCACAAUGUCUCCCCAUACGAUGGUGGUGUCUAUCAUCAGGCACCGUUAUUCCUCCCUCUCUUCUCUCUCCUCCCGAGCUCUUCGAUGUAUCCCGCAUUCACAUACCUACUAUACACACUGGUCGAUCUUGCCAGCGCAAAUGCUUUAAUUAAUAUAGCAGAGUCUGGGGAGGCAGGAAAUUCGAGGCUCUUCACAUCACCUAGAAAGGAUAAACGGUGGACCAGCUUCGCCAUUGCUGCUGCCUUUCUUUUCAACCCAUUCACCAUUGCAACAUGCAUUGGCCGUCCAACAAGCAUAUUCACAACUUAUGCUAUAUUAUAUGCCAUUUCAAAAGCAUUAAUUGGCGCAUCUUAUACCUCGAUGUUCGCCAUAGCAUUCGCAGCGUACCUGUCUAUGUAUCCCAUACUUCUUUUCCCUCCUCUGGCCCUGCUAUGCUAUGACCGUCAACGUCCUAGUAAGCGUCAGGAGUCUUUACCAUUGUUCAUUGGCACCAACGCCAUAGCUGUCUGUGGUUACUUAUACUCCCUUCUUCACAUGUCGUACAUAAUCACAGGGUCUUGGGAAUUUCUAUCAUCAACUUAUGGUGUCCAACUUCUUCUUCCAGACCUCACGCCCAAUGUCAUUCUUCCUCGGUGUAUUCUGGCUCCACCUCUCAUCAUAUGUCGGGGCCUUACCAUUCGCGUACGACGUCAGCCUCUUUUUGUGCUCACAAUACUCCUUGGAAUCUUUGCGAUUUUUAAACCAUAUCCGUCAAUAUCAGAUACCUCUCUAUUCUUAGGAAUGCUGCCAGUCUACAGCCACCUUUUCCCAUUAAUGCGAUAUUCUUUCCUAGCCUCUUCUACAGUUCUAUAUGCAACAUUAUUGGGACCUGCCUUUUACUAUCUAUGGAUUUAUGCUGGAAGUGGAAAUGCCAAUUUUUUCUACGCAAUUACACUCGUAUGGAGCCUUGGCUGGAGUGUCCUGGUGGUUGCAGAUUUACUUUAUGCAGUUCUCAGGGACGAAUGGGAAGUUGAACGACCGGAAAUGAAGGGUAAAGAGGUCAGGCAAAUAUAA